AACAAAAGGAAGCGCCGAAAUCGACUUUGAUGAAAACGAGGAACUCUCUCUUGCUCCUUGUGGCCGUACAUUAUUUUCCCAUUCUCCUAACCUUUUUUCUAUUUUCCUUCGGAAUCAUGUCGGAGCCAAGCGCCAAAAGGAGAUCGGAGGAUGUCCGUGAGGGAAUUCUCCUCGGAAUGGGAAAUCCCCUUCUGGACAUCUCCGCCGAGGUUGAGCUUUCACUUCUGGAAAAGUAUGGCUUGGAGGCCAACAACGCUAUCCUUGCCGAGGACAAGCAUCAGACCAUCUAUGAUGAUCUGGUCGAUGGCCACAAGGUCGAGUACAUUGCCGGCGGUGCAACUCAGAACAGCAUCCGCGUAGCACAGUGGCUCUUGCACAAGAAGCACGCCACCGGGUACAUUGGAUGCAUUGGUGAUGACAAAUACGGCAAAGAGCUGAGCUCCAAGGCGUCCGGUGAUGGCGUCAACACAAACUACCGUAUUGACGAGUCUACUCCCACUGGUACCUGCGCCGUCCUGAUCACCGGCAAGAACAGGAGCAUGGUGGCCAACCUGGCUGCUGCCAACUGCUACAAGAAGGACCAUCUGGACCAGAAGGAAAUCUGGUCUCUCGUCGAGGGUGCCAACUUCUUCUACAUUGGAGGAUUCUUCCUGACAGUGUCACCGGACUCCAUGGUCGCUGUUGGCCAGCAUGCCGCCGCUAACAAGAAGACGUUCAGCAUGAACCUGUCCGCACCGUUCCUGUCCCAGUUCUUCUUGGAGCCCAUGAUGAAGGUCAUGCCCUACGUCGACAUCCUCUUCGGAAACGAAACUGAAAUGGCUGCUUUCGGCAAGGCCCAGGACUUUGGUACUGAGGACCUGAAGGAAAUCGGCCGCAAGAUCAGCGCACUUGCCAAGGAGAACGGUGACGUGCCACGCAAGGUCGUCAUCACCCAGGGUGACAAGCCCACCAUCGUUGUUCAAGGUGACAGUGUGCAGGAGUAUGCAGUCAUUGAGAUCGCUGCUGACGAUAUCGUGGACACCAACGGUGCGGGUGAUGCUUUCGUUGGAGGAUACCUCUCCGAGCUUGUGCGCGGAUCCGAGACUAGCGAGUGUGUACGCUGUGCACACUAUGCUGCCAACCUGAUCAUCCAGAGGAGUGGCUGCACAUACCCCGAGGUGCCCAACUUCUCCUAACUGCUCUACCGUCAUCAACACCAUUGUAGUCCUCACCACUAUCACCACCACCACCGCAGCCCUGACCUAGGGCAUAGCAGCUGGAGGGUGUGUUCGCCUAGCAACUAUGCUCAUUGGGCUGCUUAUGUCACCGUUCUGGUGGCGAAUUCUGUCUGUUUCGACUCUGGAACAUCGCCAAUGAUACACGCAGACGUAUUUAUUCCAGCCGAGGUGUGUACUGACGGAGCACGCCGCUGUACUGGCUGGUUGUAACUUAUCCUAGGAACUGAUUUUGUACUCUUCGAAUUCUUUCCUUGGCAGUAGUAGUAGGAGUUGUUCGCUUUUAGAUCUCAUUCUUUGACUUUCCUCUCGUUGAGGAUGUGUUGCUGUGCUCAUGUCCCUGUUCUCAGGUUCUCUGCUGUGAGGUACCUGUUGUACAGCAGCGUCUGAAUGAGAUAGUUGCUAAUGCCGCCACCGUUUCUCUACUUGGUGAAAGCAACACAGUUUCUGUCUUCUUCACUA